AUGAAGGUGUUGGCGGCCGCCCUGCUGCUGCUCUGCGUCUGCCGCCUCCAGGCCGCCCUGGUGAGGCGCGAGACCCCGGCUGAGGAGGCCGCCCCGCCGGCCACCGACGACUUCUUCACCCGCCAUUUCCAGUCCCUCUCCAACUUCAUGACCAAGGACCUGCCCGAGAAGCUGCAGACGGAGGAGCUGCGCAGCCAGGCCGAGUACGGCAGGGGGACGCGGGAAGGCCGUUCCCUGCCGGAGCCCAGCCGGCCGGCGCCCGGGACAGAGCCCCCACCGAGCCGCCCCAGCCGCUCUCCGGGGACAGGCAUGGCCGCUGAGCCCCCCCGGGGCACCGAGCACCGGCAGCCUCCGCACGGGGCCUGCACCACUCAGCGCCAGGUGCCCCCGCGGAGCAGGAGCCGGGAGACGGCUGCCUCGGCACCCGGCCGCACCGAGCAGUGUUUCGGCAGAGCCCGGCUGCACCGAGCAGUGUUUCGGCAGAGCCCGGCCGCACCAAGCGGUGUUUUGGCAGAGUCCAGAGCGGGCAGGCGGGAGGAACCCGCUGCCGGUGGUGCCAAGCACCUCUGUGACUCGCCCACCGGCUUGGGAAGCACAGCACAGCGCUCGCCUCCCCCUUGGUGCUGCGGCAUCCGGGCAAAGGUGGCCGUGGGGUCCCCCGGUCCCGUCCGGUGA